AUGUUCUCGGCGUUCAUUUCAAUCACCGAGAAGGAGCAGAGACCAUCCGCAAUCUACUCGACCGAGCGGACGGGACGAUGCUGGGACGACGGCAAAACCGAGGAUAUGAUUGGCUGGAAAUACAACCCCCACUCUUAUACCAAACCUGAUUGGGGCAGCCGAGCGCCUUCGGAGGCCUGA